CUGGAAAGUAAUAAAAGGCAUAAUAACUACAUAUAACCCAUUGUUUCAUAUACACCUCUAUAAAUUGAGAGGUAUUGAGGUAGCUUGCAUAUCGUCCCAACUUUUUAUCGUUUCACAUGCUUAGAGCUGCGUCUACUCUGCUCAUAUUUCGUCAAAUAUGCUAUUACUUCGGGUUGACCCUGGCUUUUUUUUUUUUCUUAAGGGGUCUGCAGCAGUCAAAUGAAAAACUCCGGUUUGCCACUCAUUGUAACACCCUGAAUAAAAACAGUCACCCAUUUACCUCUCGGAGGCACUUACCACGUGGAGUAGUUCAUAGGCUAUACUAAAGUGGAUUAAACAUACACUCUAUUGCUCUUAUUUUUCG